CAUUCCUCUACAGCGCGUGCUUUACUCGGCAAAACAACUGAAACAGCAUGUUGUAAAAGAAGUUUUUCCUGUUUUCAGGUGUCUUCCACUAUGGCUAGCAACAGCAAUAAUUCGACUCCUGUUACCUCCAGCGGAACAAAACAGUUUGCAUUAUUACCAAAAAUUGUCAAUGGUGGCAUUGCCGGUAUAAUUGGUGUUUCGUGCGUGUUUCCUUUGGAUCUUGUUAAGACUCGUUUGCAAAAUCAACAAGUUGGCCCAAAUGGAGAAAAAAUGUACAAUUCAAUGCUUGACUGUUUUAAGAAAACUUACCGUGCCGAAGGAUACUUUGGUAUGUAUCGCGGGUCUGCGGUUAACAUUUUGCUGAUUACCCCAGAAAAAGCUAUAAAAUUGGCUGCCAAUGACUUUUUCCGACAUCAUUUGACCACAUCCAAUGGCACGCUGCCAAUCACUCGCCAGAUGGCCGCUGGUGGGUUAGCUGGUUUGUGUCAAAUUGUAAUAACUACACCGAUGGAACUGUUGAAAAUUCAAAUGCAAGAUGCUGGCCGUGUUGCUGCACAGGCUAAAGCAGUAGGAAAGACCAUGCCGAAAGUGUCCGCUACUUCCAUAGCUAUGGAGCUCAUCCGUACCAAGGGAAUAACAGGAUUAUAUAAGGGAACUGGUGCAACGAUGCUUCGCGACGUUUCCUUUUCGGUUGUAUAUUUCCCAUUGUUUGCUACCCUGAACGCACUUGGGCCACGUCGUGACGAUGGAAGUAAUGAGGCUGUAUUUUGGUGUUCCUUUUUGAGUGGUUGUGCUGCUGGUUCGAUGGCAGCUUUGGCUGUGAAUCCGUUCGAUGUAGUUAAAACACGUCUUCAGGCAUUGAAGAAAGUUGAAGGUGAAAUGCAAUUCAAUGGAGUCGCAGAUUGUAUUGGCAAAACUUUGAAGCACGAGGGUGUAACUGCAUUUUUCAAAGGAGGUCUGUGUCGUAUGAUUGUCAUUGCGCCUCUGUUUGGUAUAGCGCAAAUGGUAUACUUCCUGGGAGUUGCGGAAGCCAUUCUUGGUAUUAAAUCCGGUAAUAAGUAAAGCUGUGUUUAACGUCAUGUAGUGUGUUGUUUGCUGUGGAUCGAA